AAAAGAAUAGAUUGUGUAAUUCUCUGUGGUCCCUGUGUAAAAUCGAACUGACUCCAGCGAGACAAAAAUAUAAUAAUUUACUAUUUAUGCGGUAUUCAUGUGAUGAUAAUGAAUAAAAGCGUUUUCUAAGUAAUUACAUAAAUCAUUUUGCCGAUAGCUAUUGUAAUAACUGCUUUUCUCGUAUUCGUGCAUAGUGAAAGACAGCGGCUUUCUUGAAUUCUUGCUAGAAUUUUAUUUAAAAUGUCAUCGUACGUUGAUAUGAGUUUAGAAGAUAUUAUUAAAAAGAAAAGAGAAAACACUAGAUCCAAAAGAAAUAAAGCCAAAGCUCAACCUCCACCUCUACCUAAAAAGGCAAUAAUAACCGAUGCCAGAAAUAAAAUAAUAUCAAAAAAAAGAACUCAGAUUACUGAUGCUAGAGAAAAACUGGCACAACUUGCAAAACAAAAAGAUGCAAGAUUAAAACUUGAAAAGUUGCGCCAAGAGAGGGCAAGAAUUAUUGGACCUGUUAGAACACCAUUUCACAAUCGAGGCAAAUUAUCAAGAGCUCCACCAGGGAAAGAAAGGGUAUUCACAGACUCAUCGAGGCAAGUGGUCUCUCAGCCUCUAAGCACUGCAAAAGCAGGAUUGAAGCGUCAAAUUAACACUAAACGGUUUACUGAGAGCAGGUCGAUUGAAAAGUCAAGAUUUUUUGAAUUUCAACAGAAGCCAAGUCCAAAACCAAUUCUCAGGACUGUUGAAAAUGAUUUGGAAAUUAUUGAUGAUCCAAUGGGAGAUGAAUAUAUUCCACCAAAGUCGACGUUGUUAAAUCGGCAAGCCAGCUUACAGCUCAAGAUAAUAGCCCACAAUAAUGAUAUUCGUGAGAACAGACUUUCAUCUAUCCACAGAACCACUGUAAUAGAAAAGGAGAAGAGCCCACCAAGACCUCCGUCCAUUCUAAAAAAGCGCCCCAUGGCAGCUCUGAGAACUGACCAAAAAGCUCAAAAAACUGAAAAGCCACAUUUGGAAUACAGAAUAAUAGUGAGCAACUUGCGGAGCUCUGUCACUGCAGGAGAUAUUGAGGAAUUAUUUGGUGAUGUAGGAGGCAUGGUUGAGUCACGAUUGGUUCGUACUGGUACAGCAGAAGUUAUCUAUAAAACACAAGAGGAUGCUCAAAAAGCUGUUGAUUUAUAUCACAAUAGGCAGCUGGAUGGUCAACCAAUGAACUGUCUGCUUGUAACCCCGAGGUCACCAUCCACAGUAGCCAGAAGCAGUAGCAAACCAGAAUUAUACAGCACCAAUUCAAAUGUUGAACCUGAUAUUUCUACAUUUCAUAAAGUGUUAUUCAGUAAUUUGUAAAAACCAAUAAGCUGUCUCAAUAAUAAAAGGGCACUUCAGGAAAAGAUCCUGUUAUAGAUACACAAUGAUAAGUUCUGACGGUUAUGUAUAGAGGCCGGAUUAGUUUUUGCACAAUAUCUUUAUACUAUGUAAUAUCCCCAUUUUAGGCAGGAAUUGUAAAAUCUGUACUGAAGUAAUAAAGGGGAAACAUUUUUUGUUUGUUUGUACCUGUGAAUAUUCUGAAACUACUGAACCGAUUUCACAGUUGGAAAACUACACUCUUCCUUCUUUUAUAGGUUCUUCAAGUAUUGUCAAGUAUAAGAAUUUAAAGGAAAUAGCCAUUAUUUGGUUAUACUCACUUUCAGAAUAAGUACCUAAAAACGUUCAUGCCAUGAUGGACUUUCAAAGAUACUUGUCAUAGUAUUAUUGUAAGUAAUAAUAUUGCUGUAAUUCGCAAAAUUGAAGGCUGAUCUAGAAAUAAUUUAGAAUAUACUUUAAUUUUCGUUUUCUGAAAUUUAAGAUCCAUUUUUGUUUUCAUAAGGAUUGUUUUCAUAUGCAAGAUACAAUAAUAUUUUUGCAUAGGUAUUUCAAGAUUGUUUUAUGAUUAAAGAACAUUGAAUUCAUGCCAUUUGUGUACAUACGUCGCAACCAAUGGUUGAAUAAAAUGAUACUUAGUUAGGUACUGUGUAUUGGAUGCCGCCCUCAAUGUUGUAUUUAAUCCGGUCUCAGUGGCGUGUGACGAGUUGUAAUAUAGAUAACUAUUGCUGUAAUCUGAAAUAACCUUUGUCUGUAAAGGAACUAUCGCCGGCUAAGCAUGUCGGUUAUUUGAUUAUAAUUAAAAUUCAAAUUUUGCAUA